AUGUUUCCUUCUGCUUCUUUUUUCUUCUUCAUUCCUUGUUUCCUUCUGCCUCUCUUUCCUUCUUCAUUCCUUGUUUCCUUCUGCCUCUCUUUCCUUCUUCUUGCCAUGUUUCCUUCUGCUUCUUUUUUCUUCUUCAUUCCUUGUUUCCUUCUGCUUCUCUUUCCUUCUUCAUUCCUUGUUUCCUUCUGCCUCUCUUUACUUCUUCUUUUCCAUUUUCCUUCUGCUUCUUUUUUCUUCUUCAUUCCUUGUUUUCCUUCUGCCUCUCUUUCCUUCUUCAUUCCUUGUUUCCUUCUGCCUCUCUUUCCUUCUUCUUGCCAUGUUUCCUUCUUUCUUUUUCUUCUUCAUUCCUUGUUUCCUUCUGCCUCUCUUUCCUUCUUCAUUCCUUGUUUCCUUCUGCCUCUCUUUCCUUCUUCAUUCCUUGUUUCCUUCUGCCUCUCUUUCCUUCUUCAUUCCUUGUUUCCUUCUGCCUCUCUUUCCUUCUUCAUUCUUUGUUUCCUUUCUCUCUUUCCUUUUUCAUUCUUUGUUUCAUUCUGCCUCUUUUUCUUUCUUCAUUCUUUGUUUCCUUCCACUCUUUCUUUCUUCAUACUUUCCUUCGUUCUGCCUCUCUUUCCUUUUUCAUUCAUUUUUCCUUACAUCUUUCCUUGUUCAUUACUUGUUUUCUUCAACUUUUUCUUUCUUCAUUCUUUGUUUCUUUCUGCCUCUCUUUCCUUCUUCUUGCCAUGUUACCUUCUGCAUCUUUUUACUUCUUCAUUCCUUGAUUCCUUCUGCCUCUCUUUCCUUCUUCAUUCCUUGUUUCUUUCUGCCUCUCUUUCCUUCUUCUUGCCAUGUUUCCUUCUGCAUUUUUUCUUCUUCAUUCCUUGUUUCCUUCUGCCUCUCUUUCCUUCUUCAUUCUUUGUUUCCUUUCUCUCUUUCCUUUUUCAUUCCUUGUUUCCUUCUGCCUCUCUUUUUUACUUCUUCUUUCCAUGUUUCCUUCUUUCUUUUUUUUCUUCUUCAUUCCUUGUUUCCUUCCCUUCUUUCCUUUUCAUUCCUUCAUUCUGCCUCUCUUUUCUUUUUCAUUCCUUGUUUCCUUCCACUUUUCUUUCUUUAUUUUCCUUCCACCUCUUUUCUUUUUUCAUUCAUUGUUUCCUUCUGGUCUCUUUCCUUCUUCUUGCCAUGUUUUUCUGCUUCUUUUUUCUUCUUCAUUCCUUGUUUCCUUCUGCCUCUCUUUCCUUCUUCAUUCCUUGUUUUCUUCCACUCUUUCUUUCUUCAUUCCUUGUUUCUUUCUGCCUCUCCUUCCUUCUUCUUUCCUUGUUUCCUUCUGCUUCUUUCACCUUCUUCAUUACUUGUUUCCUUCUGCCUCUCUUUCCUUUUCAUUCCUUGUUUCAUUCUGCCUCUCUUUCUUUCUUCAUUCUUUGUUUCCUUCAAUCCUUUCUUUCUUCAUACUUUCCUUCGUUCUGCCUCUCUUACCUUUUUCAUUCCUUGCUUCCUUCUGCCUCUCUUUCUUUCUUCAUUCCUUUUUUCCUUCCACUCUUUCUUUCUUCAUUCCUUGUUUCUUUCUGCCUCUCUUUCCUUUUCAUUCCUUGCUUCCUUCUGCCUCUUUUUCUUUCUUCAUUCUAUCUUCUGUUUCUUUCUUCAUUCCUUGUUCACUUCUUCCUCUUUUUCUCUCCCCUUUCUUUAUUUCCUUCUUCUUUUCUUCCUUUUUUCCUUCCUUGCUUUCUACUUCAUCACUUUUCUUCUCCAGUCUUUCUUUUCUUCUUCCUCUCUUUCUUCCCUCCGUCCUUGCUUCCUUCUUCAUCUCUUUCUUUCUCCAUUCCCUUUUACCUUUCCUUUUUUACCUCUCUUUCCUUCUUGUUUCCUUUCUUCUUCUUCUUCUUCUUCUUCUUCUUCUUCUUUCCUUCAUCUCUUUUUCCCUUGUCUUUGUUUUCUUCUUCACCUCUUUCCUUCUUCUUUCCUUGCUUGAUUCUUCUCUUUUCUUCCGCAUUCCUCUUUCGCAUCUCUUCCUUCUCUUUUAUUUACCUUCCUUGUUUCCUUUUCCUUCGCUUUCCCUCGUCAUUCAUGUUUCUUUCCUCUAUUUCCGUCUUCAUUCCUUGCUUCAUUCUUUAUCUCUUUCCUUCUCCAUUCCACGCUUCCUUCUUCUUCUUCUUCUUCUUCUUCUUCUUCUCCUCUUCUUCUUCUUCUUCUUCUUCUUCUUCUUCUUCUUCUCCUCCUCCUCCUCCUCUUCUUCUUCUUCUUCUUCUUCUUCUUCUUCUUCUUCUUCUUCUCCUCCUCCUCCUCCUCUUCUUCUUCUUCUUCUUCUUCUUCUUCUUCUUCUUCUUCUUCUUCUUCUUCUUCUUCCACCCUUUAUCUUUCCUUUUUCCUUCUCCAGUUCUUGUUUCAUCUCUUUUCUUCACUUGUAUCCUUCUAUAUUCCUCCAUUUUCAUCUUUUUCUUUCCUUCUGCCGUCUCUCUUUCUCUCUUACCAUUUUCUUUCUUUCUUCAAUCCACCCUUUCUUCAUCUCUUACAUUCUCCUGCCGUUCCCUCAUCCCAAAUCUAUUUUCCACAGUCUCUAAUCUUUCUUUCUUCAUUUGCAAUUCCUAUUCCUUCCUCCUCCCUCCAGUCUUUCGUCUCCCGCCUCUCCUUCGCUCUCCCACACGUCCCACGCCCUUUCCACCUUUGACCACCUCAUGUUUUCAUCAUCAUCUGUUUAAAUUAUUAUUAUUAAUUCACUACAGACUCAUUAAUUCGUCUGGCAAUAUGGCUGUCACUGACACCGCUAUCCAUUACUCCACCGUGCUUCCUCACUCACUAUCUCUCUCUCUCUCUCUCUCUCUCUCUCUCUCUCUCUCUCUCUCACUCACUGAGUCUAUUCAUUAUCUAUUCUGUUCAUUAUUUGUCCCAUACUGUUCAUUAUCUAUCUAUCUAUCUAUCUAUCUAUCUAUCUAUCUAUCUAUCUAUCUGAGGCAGUUCACUUCCUAUCUAUCUAUCUAUCUGACUGUUCACUUCCUAUCUAUCUAUCUAUCUAUCUAUCUAUCUAUCUAUCUAUCUAUCUAUCUAUCUCAGUCUGUUCAUUACCUAUCUAUCAGUCUGUCCAUUAUCUAUCUAUCUAUUUGA